CGACCGUGCGGAGUGUGGCUGCAUUACGAGUGGGUAGGAGCGCCGCGGACGAGCGUCUGAGAAAAACAGUUUUUUUUUCGCUCUGUUUGAAGCAAAUGGAUGCCAUAGCGGCAUGAAGUCGUCCCUCCGUGAUUAUCUCCACUUCCGGUUCUUUCGUGGCAGUUGUUUUAUCCUAGAGAAGUAACACCCAGAAGCUCCUGGGUGGAGUAGCUUGGUUGUCGCUGAUGCGGUAGCCGCUAUAAGACCCAGGCGGAGGAGGUGAUUUGGUACCUUUGUGGAAAGCAGGACGACGGACGCCCCCGUGUUCCGGCCCCGUUACCAUGCUGCGAGGGACGCUUUUUCGUGGCGCGCAACAGGCCGCCGGCUCAAGCAGUGGGAGCUCACAACUGCUGAGCAGUAGGCUCCUCCUUGCGCGAUUUCCUGCCAUGCCGAGCAACGCAUCACCGCUGCUGCAGCGAAGAGCAUUUGGUGGCUCCGUGAUGGUGAUACCAAAGGUGAAGUCAACGGGGGUGGGCUGGACGCAGUUCGACUACCCCGCGGAGAGUCGCAUCCGCUACGACGUCGCCCCGAGAACCGUCAUGUCACCCUACGCCGGCGGACCAGUGUACCAGUACCUGCGAAAUGGCUGGCACCAAACGAAAAGGCGACGUACUUAGAUUAGCCGUCAUUCUUUGUUUUGGAACAGGAUUCGCUCCUUCUUGGCUCGGGCAGUUCAGCCUUGCAGUUACAUUCUUUGAAAAGCAAAAAGUGAACUUGGCAAGUGUCUACUUGUGCUAAACUUUAUCAGUGAAGCACCUGUACCGUGCGGAGGCCGAGAAUAUGGACCCAUUGCAGAGCAUUUUCACGGGCGUACCAGAACAGGAAUUGAACCCGCAGAAGAACACGUGGCCUACUCAUCUUGAUCCGCACGCGUGGUCAGGUAGGGAAAUAUAUUUUUAUUUCGUUUUAUCCACGCGAGGACGUUUUUUAUUUUUUUGGGUUGUUUUGCUUUUGUUCGCACGACCGCAAUCGCGCAACUCUUGCAUCUUGAUGACAAAUACGCACGCCUUCACUUCUUUCACAGGUCCCAUGGACAAAAUCUGGGAGGAUUUUCACUACCUGUUCAUCUUUCCCUUCAUCUGCGGUGGCAUGUUUGCCUACUUCUUGUACUAAUUUUCUACUAUGCUGCUUCGGAGUGUUUUAUCAUGCAUCAAUAUACUUGCUUUGUCUUCGUAUAAUUGGGGAUCGAUGAGAUUGCAACAAAAAAGGUCCAUGCCUGAACUCACAAUUACAAAACAGCGACCGGUGGCUACGAGUGGACCCAUUUGCGAUGUUUUGGAAAUGGCACGAUCCUGACGCAACGACCUGGGCCUCGUGGCUGCCACACAAAAGCUUCUACCUGUUCUAGAAACUUCCUCAUUGACGAGCUGGGCACAGAUAAAGUUCGUUGGUAUGCUUGUAGUUGUACCGAAAAAUUCGUAUGUGCAUCUACAAAAAAAAAGACACCGUCGUAGGAAGGAUUGAGUUGCAGCAACGGCGCAUGGGAC